GGUGUUAUUAUGGGAUGGGAGGUCAAAUGUGGGUGUUGACAUGGGGGAGGACUGUGCAUUCAACAGCAACGUGGUGGUACAUCCUAGCGGUGGCGGCAAGCAAUGGGCUGAGCCUCCGUGCGCUUUGUGGGGGUUAAACACUCGCCACUGUUCCGACACUCACAGUCGAGCACCCAGAGACUCGCGGUAACACCAGUGGGCCGCUCCAAGGCAACUUUAUUCAUGCCGCUUUUAUUUUGAAGAGCGGGGCCCGGCGAAUACUUAAAAUAUACUUUUAUUUUUGAGAGCUGAGAAGGGAGGAAAAGCCGACCGAAGCUAUUCUUCUCUCUUUUUUUUUUGGUGGUGGUGUUGGUGGUGGGACAGUUUUUUUUUGUUUUUUUUGAUGGAGCUGCUGUUACACGUCGUGGGACUUUUAUUGAGCUCCGCCGACGGUAAAGAACUUUACUCCAAAACAUCCCGACAUGAACUCACAAGGCUUGACUCGGGCAAUUAACGCGAGAAGAUGCGAGAGCUGAGCCUCCCCCCCCCAAAAAAAAGUGUGAAUCAAAGAUAAGGAAGACACCUUGAAGAAGCACUUUCGAGGAGGACGGACAUCCCAACCAGAGAUGGUGUGGUUCAGGCUGGGGGGCGGGAGCUAAAGAGAAAAGAGACGGAUAAAAAAGCCUGAGAGUGAGGCGGCUAAUUGCUCAGUCUGUCCCUCAUUAGCAUAUCCAAUGCGCGUCCCCUGGACUCCAGCCAAUCCUCCCCACCUUCACACGGUGCCACUCAUCUCCACGCAUUUUUCACUUUCAUAAUUAUCACGCUGACAUGCGCGAUCCCACGCAGUGCCGCGACAGCAACACCGGGUAAUUUCAACCGUUUUGCCCCCUGCUUCAACACUCUUUUUUUUUUUUUUUUUUUUUGGUGGGGGGGGGGUGGAGAACUUUCGACCGGUGCGCACUGCGCUGAUGUGUCAACGCCGCGGAGCGCCAAAGCACAAGCAGCAGCAACAGCGGUAGCAACAGCGGCCGGUACCGACACCGGUACCGACACCGGUACACCCAGCAUGUCCCGACGCAAGCAAGCCAAGCCGCAGCACCUCAAGUCCGACGAGGACCCGCCGCUGAGCGGGAUCAUUUCCCAGCAUGCCCGAGGUAAUGUGCUGGAGGAUGCCGACAGCGGGAAUGAAAGCCGCAGUGGCAGUGAAGAGACUCAUGUAUGUGAAAAGUGUUGUGCUGAGUUCUUCAAGUGGGCUGAUUUCUGUGAACAUUUGAAGAGUUGCACCAAGAACCCACUGGUGCUUAUUGUAAACGACAAUGAGGAAACACCUAUUACCUCCCAGGAGUACCCAGAACCCUCCCCUGUGCCCAGUUGUCCAAGCGAGCAGGCUGACAGUGAGGAUGCCAGGGAGGGCCAACACUCUCCUGCCAGUGAUGGGGAGGAAGUCCCAGAGAUAACCAACUCAGUUGGGGUCAGUGUCCUUGAAAAGGAGGAUGAGGAUAUGGAGGUGGAACUAUCCUCUGAACAAAACAUGGAUCUCGAUGAAAGAGAUGUAGCAUCCCCUGAAGCAGACGGUUCUCUACCUCAGCUUGAUGAUGUUGCUCCCCAAAGUGCUGCCAGUUAUACAAUGCCAAGCACUAAUGUUACCCUGGAAACUCUACAUGGCACCCGGGUGGCAGUUGCCCAGUUUUCUCAGAGCAUAAGGGCGGCAGCGGGCAGUGGCGUUUCCACCAUGGCUAUCCCCAUGAUCUUGGACCAGCUGAUGGCUCUUCAGCAGCAGCAGAUACAUCAGCUACAGUUGAUAGAACAAAUCCGAAGUCAAGUGGCUCUGAUGAACCGACAGUCUGCCUCCCAGCCUGCACUUAACCACCACAACACUGUUGCUGGAAACCCGGCUCCUAUGUCCACCUGUGCCCCUUCAGUUGCAAGUCAACUUCAACUUCACAACUUUAUCACUCCCCCAGUCCAUCAGCUGCCUGUGAGGUUGCCAGCCUCUCUCAACGGUCAAGGUGCGUCACCUCUAACCUCUGCAAUAGAAGGGCCUCUCUCUCAAUCAUCACAAAGUCGAAGUCAGCAGUCUAACUCUUUAAUCCCCAACACAUCUUCUAGUAGUUCAAUGUUUCCCACACCCACUGCCUCCGGUUUGACAUCUAUUCUUUCCUCCUGUUCAUCUUCAGUCACCAAAAUAAGCAUGAGCAAUUGUGUAACAGGAAGCGAUAGCAUCAGUAGCAGUUCUGCUAAUCCCAGGAACACCAACACUCCGCCAUCACUCAGUCACAGCAGCCUCCUGAGCUCAGCUUCCAGUCUACCACUCAUGUCUCACAGCUCAUCAAGUAGUGUUAUCUUCCCAAACCCAUUGGCUAGCAUAGCAGCAACAGCAAAUGCACUUGACCCCCUAUCUGCUCUGAUGAAACAUCGCAAAGGAAAGCCCCCAAAUGUUUCUGUAUUUGACACUAAACCAAGCUCUGAAGACCCUUUUUUCAAGCACAAGUGUCGGUUCUGUGCCAAGGUUUUUGGCAGUGAUAGUGCACUACAAAUCCACCUGCGUUCCCACACUGGAGAGAGGCCUUACAAAUGCAACAUAUGUGGUAACAGAUUCUCUACCAAGGGAAAUCUGAAAGUCCACUUCCAAAGGCACAAGGAAAAAUACCCUCAUAUUCAAAUGAACCCCUACCCUGUACCGGAGUACCUGGACAAUGUACCCACUAGCUCAGGCAUACCAUAUGGUAUGUCUUUGCCCCCGGAAAAACCUGUCACCACAUGGCUUGACAGUAAGCCUGUACUCCCUACUGUUCCCACCUCAGUUGGGCUCCAACUGCCUCCCACAUUACCAAGUAUGAUGGGGAGUUUUGGUGAUUCAGCAAGCCUCACUCCGCUCAAUAGGUCCCCUCAGAGGCCAUCUCCCCCUUUAAGUGAGUGUGCAUCUUUGUCCCCAAAUAUUGUCAUUGACUCUGGAAUUACUACUACUUCAACUUCUCCAAAACACACUCUAGGCAUUGAUGUACCUCCUGUCUUAAAACCUGAAGGGAUUCUCCUGCCACCAACCUGUUCUAUUAGGCCAGGGGAAAUUGUCACAACCACAACAACAGUAAAUCAUGUGGUUCUUUCCAAUGCAGUCACCUCAACAACAAUGUCAACCUCUGGCCAGGUUACUGAACCCACCAACAGUCCAAACCCUAAUUCAAACUCAGUGUCACAUCCUAUUCUCCCCAUGCUCUCCGAUCAGUUUAAGGCCAAAUUUCCAUUUGGAGGCCUCCUAGACUCUAUGCAAACUUCGGAGACAUCAAAGUUGCAGCAGCUUGUUGAAAACAUUGACAAGAAAAUGACCGACCCUAACCAGUGUGUCAUAUGCCACCGUGUUCUGAGCUGCCAGAGCGCUCUCAAGAUGCACUAUCGCAUCCAUACUGGCGAGCGACCUUUCAAAUGUAAAAUAUGUGGGCGGGCAUUCACCACCAAAGGAAAUCUGAAAACACAUUUUGGUGUUCAUCGGUCCAAACCCCCGUUACGAGUCCAGCACUCGUGUCCUAUAUGUCAGAAAAAGUUCACCAAUGCUGUUGUUCUGCAACAGCACAUCCGUAUGCACAUGGGUGGGCAGAUUCCAAAUACUCCAGCGCCCGACAACCUCCAGGAAAUGGACACAGACCUUUCAUUUGAUGAAAAAAGCUUGGAUGCAAUGAGUAAUUAUGAUGAUGAUCUUCUAGAUGAAAUGGAGCAGGCUAUCGAUGAUGAAGUUGACCUAAAAGAGUGUGAUAUGGACCCAUUAAAACCUUAUUCACCUGGAUGUUCUCCACCAACUUCUAUAAUGUCUAGCAUUGCUGCUAUGGAGAACCAGAUGAAGAUGAUUGAUUGCACUGCCAAUAUAACCAGUUCAUUCAGUCAAAAGCCUUCACAAAAUUGCAGCAGUUAUGGAGGCCAGAAUGAAUGUUUUACCACCGACUCUCUGUCUGCUGUAGGGGAUGUAGAAUCUCAAAUGUUGGGAAGCCCUGCUUUGUCAGAGUCUUCUGGUUCUUUGCAACAUUUGUCUCCAGCUCACAGCCACACCGAAAGCCAACAAUCCAAGUCCCCAACUACUGUGAACAACAACAGCAGGGCAAUGGCAGUGGAAGAUGACCAGGAAAACAAUACAGCUAGCAUUGCUACUGUUAAGUCUGAAAAAUCAGACACCCCGUCUCCACUUCCUGCAAUAGAAGGCAAUGGGGCCCUGGACCUGACCGCUACUCAACCAAGCAGACACUUUAUCAAGGAGGAAAACCACUUCAGUAUGCUUUUUCUAAAUAGAGAUCGAGGUCUAAACACUCCUAACUUGGCCAGCACCGUAUCAAAUAUGAUCAAAAUGGAAAUGAACGGACACAGCAAGUCAAUGUCUCUGGGUGACAGUUCCCACCUGCCUGUAGGCAUUCAGGUUCCCGCAGCUGCAGCUCCCCAGACCAACCUAAGCCCCAGCACCAAUCCAAUGUUGGCUCCUCCGCCACCACGACGCACCCCAAAGCAGCACAAUUGCCACUCUUGCGGCAAAAACUUCUCUUCUGCCAGUGCUUUGCAAAUCCAUGAACGCACACACACUGGAGAAAAACCAUUCGCUUGCUCCAUUUGUGGACGGGCUUUCACCACUAAAGGCAAUCUAAAGGUCCACAUGGGAACACACAUGUGGAACAAUGCACCAGCACGCAGGGGACGGCGACUAUCUGUGGAAAAUCCAAUGGCCCUGCUGGGAGGGGAUGCCAUGAAGUUCAGCGAGAUGUUCCAAAAGGACCUGGCAGCUCGGGCUAUGAACGUUGACCCCGGUUUUUGGAACCAAUAUGCCGCCGCCAUCACCAAUGGCUUGGCCAUGAAGAACAAUGAAAUCUCUGUGAUCCAAAAUGGAGGUAUCAACCAGCUGCCCAUUAGCCUUGGUGGUGCAGGAAUCACUUCACUGGGGGCCAUGCCUGGUGCAAUGGACCGUCUCCACACAGGCAGUAGCCCUCCUAUGACCGGAAUUGACAAAACUACACUUGAGGUCGGGGCAGGUCGUCCCUUCUCCAGGUAUAUGGAGGAAAACAAAGAAAUUGGGAUCAAUUAAAGAAAGAUACAUUUCUUUCAACAAAGACUAAAAGUCUAUCAACACAGAAGGAAACUGCUGAUCCAAUCUAAAACUCAUGUUACUAUAUUAUGUACAGAUGAAAUAUUUUUUGGUUUUGGAAAAUGUAUUUAGUGUUGAUUAGAAGUCUCAUUCCCCUUCCACGUGAUAUUAUGAAAGAUGCAUUGUCUCCUGUUUGGGAAUAUGUUGUCUUGCAAGAUUUGCAUGAUACUUACAGUUUUUACCUGUAUGUUUGACUGCUUUUAUGAAUUCACCAGAAAACCAGGAUUUUGCCUUAUUUAGAAUAAGCAAACAUCUUGGGAAGGACUAAAACAGAAAAGAAAGAAAGUUUGUUCAUAGGCAUUCAGUCAACCUUUACUAUGAGUGUUCUUUUAGAUUAAAAAAGGGCCAUGGAUGGACUGCCGUAUAGUGUUUUUGUGCUCACCUGAUAUUUUGUUUCUCAUGAACUAGAAAACUUAAAAAAAAAAUAAAAGUUUUAACUAUUUUAAUCUUUACAGUUAGUCUCUCCAAACAUCGUCCUAUAAUAUUGUCCUGUGUCUUUAGUAUUUAUAAUAUUGACAAAAAAGCGGGUAUACGAAAAUAUAUUUAAUGGCCCAACCAUUUUAUCGAGACUUUUGUUUUUAUAUUCCAAACUGCAGGCUUCACUGACGAAUAUGUCUUUUAGUAAAGACAACUAAGUCAUUUCAGUUUAACAACAGAGAUAACGUGUCGGUUUUUAUUUGGAUAUUUGGUGAGAUGAUGUGUAAAGUACAUGGGGACAACAUUAUAUGAGAAUGGAGAUGUCCAAAGCUGCUAUGACCACAACCCUGCUUUUAACCUUUGUAAAAAGAAAAAAAAGAUAAAAGAAGUGAUCUUUUUGAAGAAAUAUCUAUGUAUAGAAAAUACAGACAAAUCUAAAACAGGUAUGCAUAUUUUGUAUCUCAUAAAGAUAGACAUCAUGAGUUGAGAGUAUUUGUCAUGUUUGUGAAUGCACUUUUUAAAAAUGACACGUUUUGUCUGUGAUACCGUUAACCUUUUGACUGAGCUCUCUAUCACGUGCUGUUUUCGUUGUUUUCAGCUUGCCACUCCUACGAUUUGCAGAUGGUUAUAGCAUUUGUGCUACUCUUUGGGGGGGGCGAGGUCAUCAGUCAAUCAAAACCUUCGUAAAUAAAAUAUUGAGAACAACCGUGUCUUUGAGUUGUUAGUGUCUGUUAUUGUUUAACGUUCAACAUACAGUAAAAAAAAAAAACUAUUGCAUUUUAUUAUUUUUCAU